GUUGGCUACGUACUGUGGAGUGUGGGCAGGAAGAGAGCGCACGGUGGCAACUCAAAGAACAGACUUUGGGCAAGCUUCAGAAACCGGUGGAGCUCAACAUGUCACAUUUCUAAUGUUGGGUUACGGUCUGAACUGAACCUACUCUCACCCGAACGUGCACGCCUAGUCCUCGAACUUGUGGAUUUGGGACGAAAACUACGACCGGAGGCACAACGGCGUCGCUGCUUGCAGUUUGAAACACAGCAGGGCUGCUUGCUGACGGAGAGGAAGAGAGGGGACUUUUUUUUCAGAACCAUGAGAGAAUACAAAGUAGUGGUUCUCGGAUCUGGCGGGGUUGGAAAAUCCGCAUUGACUGUGCAAUUCGUAACGGGAUCCUUUAUAGAGAAAUAUGAUCCCACGAUAGAGGAUUUCUACCGAAAGGAGAUCGAGGUGGACUCGUCGCCUUCGGUUCUGGAGAUACUGGACACGGCGGGGACCGAGCAGUUUGCCUCCAUGAGAGACCUGUACAUCAAAAACGGGCAGGGCUUCAUCCUAGUCUACAGCUUGGUCAACCAACAAAGCUUCCAAGACAUCAAACCAAUGAGGGAUCAGAUCAUUCGGGUGAAACGGUACGAGAGGGUGCCGAUGAUUCUGGUCGGGAAUAAAGUGGACCUGGAGGGCGAGAGGGAGGUCUCGGCCGGGGAGGGGAAAGCGCUGGCGGAUGAGUGGAAUUGCCCGUUUAUGGAAACUUCAGCCAAAAAUAAAGGCUCGGUGGACGAACUGUUUGCAGAGAUUGUCAGACAGAUGAACUAUUCUUCAGCACCAGGUAGAAACGACCAGUGCUGCUCGUCUUGUGUUAUUCUUUAAAAGGAUAAUCUAAGUUAAAUGUUUUCACAUUUCUUAAAUUUGCAAAUGGUGAGUGAGCCCUUCCUAAUAUUAAUCUAAACUUAAAAUAAACAAGAAUCGAGGAAACUAAUAAGUUUUGCUUGAAGACAAAAACGGACACAUUUUGAACAAUACUUUGGUGUUAACUGUCAUCGUUAGUAUUGGAAAGCGUCAUCCAAUGUGUUGCACAGGCGUAGAAAAGACAGAAAUCUCAUCUGUACCAGUGUUUACAUGGCAGAGUACUUGAAUGUUCUGGGAAAAUGGCUACAAUUUCAAACAACGGGCACCUUGCAUCCUUGGAAUAGGGUUUAGCCCGGUGCUAUGUUGAAAUGUUCAAUGUAAGCUGACGUUUUUAGUUCACCAUAUCUGUUUUUUCUUUGGAGGUGUGUUGCAGGUAGUCUGUACUGUUGAAUUGUUCUUCGUGGCUCACCUUGGACUGAGUUAAGGAAUUCCGUGAGGGAGGAGGGUAAGCAGGGAGGGUGAGGGCCACUCUUCAGGAAUUCCUUGAGGGAUGAGGGUAAGCAGGGAGGGUGAGGGCCACUCUUCAGGAAUUCCGUGAGGGAGGAGGGUAGUAAGCAGGGAGGGUGAGGGCCACUCUUCAGGAAUUCCUUGAGGGAUGAGGGUAAGCAGGGAGGGUGAGGGCCACUCUUCAGGAAUUCCGUGAGGGAGGAGGGUAAGCAGGGAGGGUGAGGGCCACUCUUCAGGAAUUCCUUGAGGGAUGAGGGUAAGCAGGGAGGGUGAGGGCCACUCUUCAGGAAUUCCGUUCGGCUGGAGUAUCGUUGCAGCAAACUCAAUGUACACCAUUGAUGUCAACAGCUUCAGCUGAGUUAGCGACCCCUGUCUCAGCUUGCGCUCCCAGCUGGAACUUAUCCCCAACGGCAGAGACGUCGAGACUGGGACCUGAAACGCGAUGGAUAUUCCUUUUAUGUAAAGAGGAUAUGACUAGAAAAGCAUAUUUUGUUCAUUGCUGCAUAUUAGUUGUAUUAUUUUGACAUUUCUCCCUCAUGGAGUUAUGUUCUGUGACCACAGCACACGAAAUAUGUUUUUCAGUGAGUCAGUGAGGUUAGAAUUGGACACAACUUUUGUGGAGUGUUAUGAUGAGUGCCACCCGUUUUUGUUUUUGUUCCCCCCUCCUCCUUCAACAUGCGCGAGAGGACACAACGUUAUUGACGGACAGACUGGCGACCCCCACCGCCCUCGCAUCGAGUGCCUUUCCAAAACAGCUGUUCAAAUUUAGUGCCAACCUCAGAGGGUCGCCACCCGACUCCCACGACCGUUGGACGGGAUCUUUGGGGAUGAAGAAGAAACAAUGUAACAACAAGGCUUUUGAUAAAGGAAUGGUGGUUGUCUUCUAUUUAGGGUUUUUUGGGGGGGACCUUUUGAAAACUAAGAUUGUUUUGUUAUUGUUGCUCUUAGAUUGAAAUACACAGGUACUGGAAACUUUUACCCACCAAACACUUCUUCCAGACCAUUUAAAUGAAAGGAAUUCUAUGUUUUGUCUUUAUUUGAAAAAGAAAAUGCGAUGUACCAUUAAAGUCUAACCCGAUUGUACGUUUAAUUUCAGACCAGCCUUUUAACAGCUGUCUGUCUGUUUUAAAAAUACUUUUAAUACAAAUUGCAUUUUUUUUAAA